AUGGCUGGCCUGGUCCCGUCCCUCGCCAGUCUAACGGCUCCAACUUCAACCUCCAUUAAUACCCUCGCUUCUCGCGCCUAUCUCCCCUCUCCACCGUCCCCUCCAGCUCCCUCAAUCAUGGCGGGGUGGAUCGGAUGGGUGUUUACCCUUGUAUUUCAUACAUUUCCGAGUGUUCUCUACUCGAUAAUCACAUUCUCGACAAUUACACUGCCUACAUGGCUCUUCACGCUCUUCUCUAUGAGCUUGACAUUCACCAUGAAUUUUACCACCAUAAUGUUAAUCGUCCUUGCCCUGGUAUCGACCGUUAGCUGGUUCAUCCGUUACCGGUACCUGAAUAUGUAUAGUCGCCUACCCCCAGAGCCUCAACGCAAAGAAGCCCAGAUCGAUUUGUUCCCCGAUAUCCAGGAAGGCGAUUCAAAACCAGGGCUUGCCAACUAUCUCGAUGAAUUUCUUAGUGCUAUCAAAGUCUUUGGUUACCUCGAACGGCCCGUCUUCCACGAGUUGACCCGAACGAUGCAGACCAGGAAGCUGAUUGCGGGAGAGACGCUCAUGCUGGAAGAUGAGAAGGGCUUCUGUAUGGUGGUGGAUGGGCUGGUCCAGAUCUUCGUGAAAUCAGCACGGGAAGAGAAGUUCGGCUCACAAGAGAAUCUCCACAUGGACGAUGCCUCCUCCGACGAGGAAGACCCCGGCAUUCACGGCAAACAAGGCUAUCAGCUGCUCACCGAGGUCAAGAACGGCGCUUCGAUGUCGUCUUUGUUCUCUAUCCUCCAGCUGUUUACUGAAGAUAUUGAGCUUCGUAACUCGCGAAGUCACAGCUCCAGUAUAUCCAGCCCUACUCUUGGCCAGACUCAUGUGCCUGAUACCUUCGCUGUCAGUCCCGGGUCCACCGUGAGACACUCCGCGAACUUAAACACUGUAGCGCGUGGAUCUAGCGAUACAUUGCCACCAGUGCCUCCGCUGAACCUCGGAGAGAGCCACGCCAUGCCUCGACAGGACCCCGACGAGACCCCGUACUCGGGGACUAAACAAAAUGCCCAGAAAAAACGCCGCAAGUCAGUACACCCAGAUAUUGUGGCCCGGGCUACAGUCGACACGACGAUUGCUAUCAUUCCAGCGAGCGCAUUCCGUCGUCUGACCAGAGUCUACCCACGGGCAACGUCGCACAUUGUCCAGGUUAUCUUGACACGUCUCCAGCGGGUCACGUUUGCCACGGCGCAUUCUUAUCUAGGCCUGACUAGCGAGGUUUUAGGCAUAGAACGGCAAAUGUCUAAAUUCACCUCUUGGGACCUUCCUAAUAAUCUUCGAGGAAGUGCCUUGGAUCGGCUGAAGGACAAAUUCACGAGAGAGCGAGAGCGAUUGGGACCGGAGGAAGUUGGAAAAGGUAUUGCUCUUCACAACCCUUCUGUCAGCCGCAGAGGACGCUCGAGCAGUACUCUCAGAAAAGAAGCCUUUUUACAAGCAAAGGAGCGCGCUCUCACACCCUUAAGCUCACAAAGGCCACCAUCUGUAUUCGUUGACAGGGACUCGGCAGGUGUCAGCCCCGGCGAUCUGCUAUCGACAAUACAAUUGUCCCGGUUUGGACCGCGACAUGAUCAUUUGGCACCUCGCCUCAAGACCCCUCUUACUGAGCGGGAGCAACCUCAAUUUGUAUCCGCUGCCGCAAUGAAUGGCCUGCCAUCAACCUUCCAGCGAAAUGAGUCAGUUGACGAGGACGCUAUUUUCCGCGAGUCGAUCUUGGACUGUAUUAUGAAGGGCAUUGGGCUUACCGAAGGCGCACGCGAUAAUCUGCGCAAGAGCAGCCACUCAGGCGAGGCAUCGCCGAGACUUCUCUCCUACGAUAACCGCCGCCAGAAGGCAGUAUUCUCCAAUGCAUUUGGCUUCAUGGAUCCCUACGAAGCGUCUGGCGACGGCGAAUCUGAAUCCAUGAUGUCCUCUAUAUCAGUGACGAGCGCAGGGGGGACAUCGCCUGUCAUCAACCUACGGGAAGACCUCCGCCAUGAUAUUGAAGUAGUCUACUUUCCUCAAGGCUCAGUUCUGGUGGAACAGGGUGAGCGCCAUCCAGGUCUCUACUACGUCAUUGAUGGGUUCUUGGACGUGGGUAUUCCGGCGAGUGAACGCGAUGAUACCCUUAUUGGCUCCUCCCAUGGAUCUGCCUCGCAAGCGCAAGAGGAGCUGUUCCCGAAGCUGAGACGAACAACGACAGCAUCGUCGCGCACCCCUGGUGCAGCAGGCGGCAAUGACCCUCGACGGAAGACCCAGUCCCGCAAAUCACUUUACCUGAUCAAACCUGGUGGCAUUCAAGGGUAUGUAGGUGCUCUUGCAUCGUACCGCUCGUACACCGAUGUUGUCGCCAAGACGGAUGUUUACGUUGGGUUCCUUCCCCGUGCUUCCCUCGAGAGAAUCGCAGAUAGACAUCCAGCUGCAUUAUUAACACUGGCAAAACGGUUGACAAGGCUGCUGCCCCGUUUGCUGCUCCACAUUGAUUUUGCGCUAGAGUGGGUGCAGGUCAGCGCAGGACAGGUGAUUUAUCACCAAGGAGAUGAAAGCGAUGCUAUUUAUCUUGUUCUGAACGGUCGUCUGAGGUCUGUCCUUGAGGGACAAAACGGAAAGAUCACUGUCAUUGGCGAACAUGGGCAGGGUGAGAGUGUUGGUGAACUCGAGGUCAUGACUGAAUCCACGAGACCGUCUACCUUGCAUGCUAUCCGUGAAACGGAACUAGCCAAGUUCCCCGGUCUCUUUUCAACACGAAUGCGUGAUUUAGUCGAGCAUCCGCUGUCCGAAAAGGGGAUUGAACAAGGACAUGCUGGCGGCGUCCAGACUGCAACCUCAACAGUCAAUCUUCGCACUGUGGCAAUUCUUCCGGUCAUGGCUGGCGUCCCUGUCGUGGAAUUUGGACAUAGACUCUUGCAGGCGUUGCACCAAAUUGGUGUGACCAGAGGUGUCACAUCGCUCAACCAAGCAACGAUUUUGAACCAUUUGGGUCGUCAUGCCUUUAGUAAGAUGGGGAAGCUUAAGCUUUCCCAAUACCUGGCUGACCUUGAGGAGAAAUUUGGAAUGGUCUUGUACAUCGCCGACACCAACGUGAACGCACCCUGGACUCAGACUUGCAUUGCACAAGCUGACUCUAUUCUGUUGGUGGGCCUCGCGGAGUCUUCGCCCAGAAUUGGUGAAUAUGAGCGGUUCCUGCUGGGUAUGAAGACCACUGCUCGCAAAGAACUGGUUCUUUUGCACGCGGAACGAUACUGUUCGCCUGGACUCACUCGCGAGUGGCUCAAGAACCGGGUGUGGAUCAACGGUGGCCAUCACCACAUUCAAAUGGCCUUCCGCUCGACCACCGAACCUUCACACCCGCCAAGUAAGAAGUUCGGCACUGUGCUGAAGCAGCGCGUGCAAAUUCUACAAGCCGAAAUCCAAAAGUAUACGUCCCGGCGUGCACAGCAGACCCCCCUUUAUUCCCCGCAAACCCCUUUCAAGGGUGACUUCCAUCGGCUGGCUCGGCGCUUGUGCGGCAAGUCUGUUGGACUUGUACUGGGCGGAGGUGGAGCGCGUGGCAUUUCGCAAGUUGGCGUUAUUAAAGCGCUCGAGGAGGCCGGAAUCCCAAUUGAUAUCAUCGGUGGCACAUCAAUCGGUUCUUUCAUUGGAGCUCUGUACGCGCGCGAUGCUGAUGUUGUGCCCAUGUACGGGCGAGCCAAGAAGUUCUCCGGGCGCAUGGGCAGUAUGUGGCGGUUUGCCUUGGACCUGACCUAUCCCACUGUUUCAUACACUACCGGUCAUGAGUUCAACCGUGGGAUAUUCAAGACCUUUGGAGACAGCCAAAUCGAAGACUUCUGGUUGGAGUUCUACUGCAACACAACCAACAUCAGCCGAUCUCGAAUUGAGUAUCACUCGUCUGGUUAUGUCUGGCGGUACGUUCGGGCUUCGAUGUCGUUGGCCGGCCUGAUGCCUCCUAUCUGUGACGAAGGGAGUAUGCUACUGGACGGUGGCUAUAUCGACAAUCUCACCGUAGCACACAUGAAAAGUCUUGGAGCGGAUGUCAUCUUCGCGAUUGAUGUUGGGUCUAUUGACGACCCCACGCCCCAGGGAUUCGGAGACUCAUUGUCAGGAUUCUGGUCGGUGUUCAACCGCUGGAACCCCUUCUCAUCACUCCCGAACCCGCCUACACUUUCCGAGAUACAAGCCCGACUGGCCUAUGUCUCGUCGUUCGACAAUCUUGACCGCGCAAAGAGUACGCCUGGCUGUCUAUACAUGCGUCCUCCUAUCGACCCAUAUGGCACCCUAGACUUCGGCAAAUUCGACGAGAUCUACAAAGUCGGCUACGCAUAUGGAAAGGAGUUCCUCGACCGUUUGAAGAGUGAGGGCUCACUACCUAUCCCGGAGGAAACCGAGGAAAAGCGCAAGCUACAGCGGACGAUGGCUCCUCGCCGAGCUAGUAUCUAA